AACCAGGCUUUCCCCUUUGUGGACAUGGAGGUGAGGAAUCGCACCAUCCUGACUGAGUUCAUCUUGCUGGGCUUCUCCACAGAUCCCCAUUGGCAGCUGAUUCUAUUUGGAAUAUUUUUAAUUAUCUACUUGUUAACCUUGUCAGGGAACAUGACCCUGGUUAUCUUAAUCCGUAUUGAUUCCCGGCUUCAUACUCCUAUGUACUUUUUCAUUGGUGGUCUUUCCUUCUUGGAUUUCUGGUAUACAUCUGUGUACACCCCUAAAAUAUUGGUCAAUUGUGUCUCAGAGGACAAGCGCAUCUCCUUGGCUGGGUGUGGGGCUCAGUUCUUCUUCUCCUGUGUGGCGGCCUACACUGAGUGCUAUCUGCUAUCAGCCAUGGCGUAUGAUCGUUAUGUGGCCAUUUGCAACCCGUUGCUUUAUUCAGCUACCAUGUCUGCUUCUAUUUGUACUAGACUUAUUUCUGGCUCUUACUUAGGAGGAUUUCUGAAUGCCAUCGCCCACACUGCCAACACCUUCCGGCUGAGUUUCUGUGGUGAGAAGGUCAUUGACUACUUUUUCUGUGAUGUGCUGCCAUUGGUAAAAAAAUCUUGUACGGACACUAGGGUCUACGGGAAAAUCCUUUCCAGUAUGGUGGGCUUCACUGUCCUGUCAUGUCUUGUUGUCAUCCUCGUUUCCUAUUUCAACAUCCUGCUGGCUAUCCUGAGGAUCCGCUCAGCCUCGGGAAGGCGCAAGGCUUUCUCCACCUGUGCCUCCCACCUCAUCUCCGUCACGCUCUUCUUUGGAUCUUUGCUCUUCAUGUAUUCGAGGCCCAGUUCUAACUACUCCCCGGAGAGGGACAAAGUGGCUGCUCUGUUCUACACCAUCAUCAACCCCCUGCUCAACCCUCUCAUCUACAGCCUGAGAAACAAGGACGUCAAAGAGGCCUUGAGGAAAGCCACAAGAAUGGUACAAGCACAAUCAUGA